UCGGAAGCGCACCGUGCGGAAUGGGCAGGCGCCGCCGGUCGCGCGUGCGCAGUACGGGGCGGUGCGGGGAAGAUGGUGCUGAUCAAGGAAUUCCGAGUGGUGUUGCCAUGUUCAGUGCAAGAGUAUCAAGUUGGUCAACUUUAUUCGGUGGCAGAAGCUAGCAAAAAUGAAACGGGAGGCGGUGAAGGAAUUCAAGUCUUAAUAAACGAGCCUUAUGAAAAAGAUGAUGAGAAGGGACAAUAUACUCACAAAAUCUAUCACUUAAAGAGUAAAGUUCCUGGUUUUGUAAGAAUGAUUGCUCCAGAAGGCUCCCUGGUGUUCCAUGAGAAGGCCUGGAACGCAUAUCCUUACUGUAGAACAAUUGUGACGAAUGAAUACAUGAAAGAUGAUUUCUUCAUAAAAAUCGAGACCUGGCACAAACCCGACCUGGGGACGUCAGAGAACGUGCACAAUUUAGAUCCCAACACGUGGAAGAGUGUUGAAGUUGUCCAUAUUGACAUUGCAGACAGAACUCAAGUAGAACCAGGAGACUACAAAGCUGAUGAAGACCCUGCAUUAUUCCAGUCAGUUAAGACCAAGAGAGGACCUUUGGGGCCAAACUGGAAGAAAGAGCUAGCAACUGAUGAAGAGUGCCCUAAAAUGUGUGCUUACAAGUUGGUGACGAUUAAAUUUAAAUGGUGGGGACUGCAGAACAAAGUGGAAAACCUUAUACAGAAGCAAGAAAAAAGGAUAUUUACCAACUUCCAUCGCCAGCUGUUCUGUUGGAUCGACAAGUGGAUCGAUCUGACUAUGGAGGACAUCAGGAGGAUGGAGGAUGAGACUCAAAAGGAGCUGGAAGCGUUACGUAAUCAAGGCCAAGUCAGAGGAACAAGUGCUGCCAACGAUGAAUGAUGAUGGAUUUAACCGUCACAUGCAGUGUCGCAUUACAAUGUGUGUGUGGAUGCAUGAUUAUUUGUAUAUAAUUAUAUAUACGCACAUGCAUACUGAAGGGGGUUGUUACAGUGUCUCCAGGGUACUACUAUACCUGUCCUCAGCAAAGAUGCAAAGGAAACUGCUUUCAUUAUGUAUACCUGAAGCAAAUAAAAAUCAACUGAGUAGAGUCAUUUAAAGGUCGAAUUAACGGCAGAAUUCUCUUAACUGAUAUGUUUCAUGAAUGUCAAUACUGGACCAAUUUAUGCCCUAUUUUUUUUUCUUUUCCCCCCUGUUCUGAGUCACUCUGCUACACCUCGGCCCCGUCCCGUUGUAAAGAAACGGAUUCCAACAAGUUAACUUCAAUUUUGUGUCUUCCCUAUGUGGAUAAUUUUUGAAAUAGGAACAAUGAAUGUAUUUAUAGCUAUUUAUUUCUGGGUGGUCGUUCUCCUCUAGGCAAAUCAGAACGAAGUUGCUCACAGUGGAAAUUGGAAGACUUUUACUGUUCAAUAAGUUUGACCCAACCUUUACCCACCAGUCACAAAGCAAAAAAAAAAAGUGUUUUAUUGGACUUUUGUACAUUGAAAUGCGAAUGUUUUUUCUUCAUUAAAAUUGGCAAGAUUAAGGAAAAACGGCUUGUGAUUUAUAAACUGCUUGCAAUUUGAAAUUUUCCAGAAGCAGCUUUCUAGAGCAAGAAGAUGCAUCGAGUUCCUCUUCGCCACGCUGUGCCAGCAAAGGCAGAGACCUUCUCUAACGUAAUGCUGAUAAUGAAAGUGCUGUUUUCCAGAGGUUCACUUUGGAAGUUAUGCAAAUUGUCUUGAGUUCACACACAUCACACAAUGGAAUAUAACGGUGAUUUUUUAGCUCUUUUCAUGUUGAAAAUACACUUUAAAAAGAAAUGUAUACUUUCAGGUAUGAUGAAAGUUUAAAUUGUAGCAUCUAACGUGUUUCUCUGAUGUUUGUCAGUAGAUGCUUGAGAAGCAGUGUAAUAAAGACAUCUGUAGAUAACUCUCAAAUAGGAAAACAUCCUCAGCGUUUUUUAAGAUAUGGAGGUAGAGCAUCUCAUAGACAUGUAUUACCAAAAUGCUCGCUAGAUCAGAAGCCAACUACUUUAGAAACACUAGGUAGGUAAAGUUCUGUUGCUGCCUGAUUUCCUCCCAGUAACCUCGGUAGGACAAACCUUGCUUAAGCUUCCAUCUUUAUAAUAUCACUUCCAUUCUAUUUUGAACCAUUUUUUUACUUACUCUGCUUACUGAAGGAGCAAUCUGAUUUCUCCUCUGUGUCAAUGACAAAAUCUGCCUGAACUUGAAGCCAGGUGAGCACACCCACUGCUGCCAGGGUUGGGCAGCUUUCCUGAGUGAUUUCAUCCUCCGUGCUGCAGUGGGGGGGGGUUCCCUGUUUUCCCUUUCUCGAUGAACAGUUUGAUGGAUAUUUGUGACAGCAGGAGGUUGGUUUUGUAAAUAGAUAUGUGGACAUAUGUGCACACACUUCCAUUUAACAGCUCUGCUGCAAGGAGGGCUGUUGCAAGCCUGGAAACUGAAAGGCUCCUUCUCAGUGGUAGAAUACAAGUCUUGCUGUCAUUUAUGGGACUCAUAACACAGAGGGAAAGGGGCCCUACAAGUUCACAAAUAACAGAACUAGUUGUGAAAAUCUGAGAGAAUCUUGUAGUGAAUGUAAAGCAUUUAGUUGACUUUGGCAGACUUUGGUGUGACCUCCAGCGAAACUCAAUGACGUUUCAAUAAAUUUGAUGAUAAAAUG